CCCCCCCCCCCAAAGCUGACAUCCAUCUUGGAACCCGGAAGAUUAUCCAACGAAAUGGCUUUCAAAGGACCUCUUCAACCUCAACCAUUCACGAUCGAAGCGCCUGAGCAAGUGUUGGAUGACAUGAAGACGCUCAUUAGACUUGGACGUCUGGCUCCAACUACGUACGAGGGCACGCAUCCGGAAGCUGGACUUGGUAUAUCCGAUGAGUGGACAAAGAACGCGAGGGAAAUUUGGCUGACUAGCUUUGAUUGGCGGGCUCACGAGAAGCGCAUAAAUGCUUUUCCUAACUGGAAGGUCGACGUUACGGACGAUGAUGGAACUAUUUAUGACAUUCAUUUCAUUGGUGUCUUAUCCGACGAUGCCAAUGCUGUUCCCCUGGUUUUGUUGCACGGGUGGCCAGGAUCGAUCAUUGAAUUCCUUGACGUCAUUGCUAUCCUUCAGCAGUCAAAGUCUCCGUCAUUUCACAUUAUUGCGCCCUCCCUUCCUGGUUAUGGCUGGACGUCCGGCCCACCCCCCCACGUCAACCUCAACGUUUCAGGAGUGGCGAGAAUUGUAGACAAAUUCGUGACUGGGCUAGGCUUUCGGGACUACGUUGUUCAAGGUGGAGAUAUUGGCUCUCAUGUUGCACGCGUCAUUGGAUCGAAAGCCCAAAAUUGCAGAGCGGUUCAUAUCAACAUGUUCGUUUCUAGGGGAGAACCCGCGACGAAACCACCUCUCACGCGUGCACACGAGGAGAGACUUAAAAGCACACGGGGAUUUAUGACGGCAGGUUACGGGUAUGGAAUUCAGCAGGGUACUCGGCCCAGCACCAUUGGUCAUGUAUUGAGUAGCAAUCCUCUCGCUUUGUUGGCUUGGAUUGGUGAAAAAGUCAUCGCAUGGACCGAUUCGACUCCAACGUUAGAUACCAUCCUUGCGAUGGUGACAGUCUACUGGGUAACGAAUAGCGCUUCGACUAGUCUCUACCCGUACAGGGCCUUGGCAGCUGACGACCCCCCACCUUAUAUCAGCAUCAAGAAGCCCCUCGGAUACUCCAUCUUCCCAAAGGAGAUUCUAUCCUACCCUCCAGGCUGGCUAGGUCACAAUUCAAACCUUGUGUUUGUGCGGGAACAUCAAAAGGGAGGACACUUUGCGGCCCUUGAGUGCCCUAACGAGCUUGCACAAGAUAUUAUCGAAUUCGUGUCCGCACUGCCCAAAUUUGAAAAGUCCCCUUACCCAGCGUUGUAGGAUACCAGCCUCCGCGGCAUCUCGACAAGACCAACAAUAAAUAGCCCGGGGAAAAUGAAUGUAGCAUCUCCUGUAUAUGUACAUCAGUCAUAAAUCAAGUUGCAGUCAUGCAAGAACUAUUUG